AUGUAGAAUUCUAAACAACCAGCUUCUACAGUGCCUUCAGAAAAGAAAGAGUAUUCAAUGUUCAUUAAAUUAUUUGCAUGCUUUCUUUACGCAGCCUCAUCUUCAUCCCUGACUUUCUUAAACAAAUCUAUUUACUCUAAGUUUGGAUUCCAAAGUCCAAUUAAUCUACUUUUCACUUAAUGCCUAUGCAAUGUUAUAAUAUGCUUCAGCAUGAUGAUGUACAAACAGUUCAACCCGGAGGCAUUCAAAUUACUGGAGAAGUUUGGAAUGAAAAUACCCCCAUUCAACGAAUGCAUGACUAAGGUAUCAAUAGGAGUAAGAAUGGGAAUUUUUAAUCUAACUACUGUCAUGUUUGGUCUAUUUGCAGUGAAACUAGUCAGUAUUCCUUUGUUCCUUACUUUCAGAAGAUGCACAAUCAUUACCACUGCUUUUAUGGGAUUCUUGAUAAAUGGUUAAGUUCCUGAUCGUAACUUAUCUUUAUGCUUGCUUUUUACUGGAAUUGGCGCUCUCUGGGAGAAUCUAAAUUCUUAGCUAUUAGGCUAUUUCCUCGUUUUCAUGAAUAACUUCUCUUAAUCUGGAUAUAAUGUUUAUGUUAGUAAAGUAAACAGUCAAAAGAAAGUGCUUCCAUUUGAAAUAAACUUUUACUUUGCUUUAUGCGGCUUACCUCUUUCAUUUGCUUACAUGCUUCAAUCUGGAGAUAUAACUAUGUUCACUGAUACAAUGAGCAAAUUAGAUCAAGUAGCCUAGAAUUACUUUAUCUUGUAUGUUUUCCUCUCAAGUAUUAUGGGAAUCGUUAUUACCGUCAGUGUCCUCAUGACUGUGACAGUCGUCAGUCCUAUUGCUACAAAUGUCACAGGAAAUUUGAAGGAUGUAUUGUUGACAUAUGUGGGCUUCAUUUUCUUUGAUGACUAAUCAUUGACUCAAAUGAUGCUUAUUGGUUUGACUUUAAGUUUUAUGGGCUCUAUGAUCUAUGUUGCUGACUCUUAUAAUAAGUAGAAUUAGGCAAAAGCAAAAUCAAACUGA